AUGAAUGUCGCUGCCCGGAGGGCUAUACCGACGGUAAUCCAGCUGAACCAGGACGAGUUUGCGGCAUUGCUUUGUGGUCUGUGCAAUGGACAUGGUGAUUGCAUCCAUGAUAGUACGACCAACAAUGUUACCUGUGCAUGUGUUGAGGGAUACACGGGACAAUACUGCGAAUAUAGUAUAGUAGUUGCAGCUGUGUGCAGCGAAGGUAUUGGCAAAGGAGGACCAGUUCUCGCUUAUAAAGAGCAGCCUGGCAAUGAUGUAAUUUUAAUCGGAGAGCGCGUAGAAGGAGAAGCUCAUUUGAGAUUUCAAAAACACUCUUCUAAAAAAAAGGCGAAAAUAUGGAAAUAGUA